AUGCUGCCCUGCUGUUGCUCAAGGUAUCGACCCUUAGGAAACUCCCGCAUUUCCCAGCUUGAGUGUUUCCAUCUUUUCUCAAAUCCCCUACAGGUACCAACAUGCGACGCGCGGCCUGCCACCGCCUUGUACAGUACCCGCACACAGAAUCCGAUUGUCCCAACGCAGGGAACGGUGUGCCAAGCUGUGUGUGUGCAUACACUGCAUGUGCAGUGUCUCGCAUCUUGUGUGUAUAGCACGCCCAUCCCACCCCUGACGGACGGACGCAUUAUCACUCUAGAGCGCUAUCCUCAUAUGAGGACAAGGGCCGGUCGGAUGGACACUACCCUUGUAGUAGUAGUACCAAGGGUAGCACUCCACAACCCGUUCGCCUUGCGCAUUGCCACACCCAAACGGGGACACACACUCUUGACAAAAUGUAAGCCAAACGCGAGAGUCCUCGCAUUCUUGCCAGCCCUGCUUGCCGUCCUUCGUCUUCCUACAAACACUUGCGCCCUCCUUCCACUCCACCCUCCGCGUGGACCGCGCCCCCUGGCCCAGAACACCGGUCCUGGCCCACCCACAUCUCCACUGUACACAACUGUUUUUGUACACCGUCACCACUACUGUACAGUACACUGUUUCAGUGCAGUGUUCAGUGCAGUGUUCAGUGCAGUAUUCAGCGCAGUCUUCAGUGCAGUCUUCAGUGCUGUCUUCAGUGCAGUACCGUUGGUACUGUAA